AUGAACGGCAUCUCCCUGAAGAACCCUCCUGAGGACAUUAAGACUCAAAGGAUUGUGGACAUCCUUGAGGAUAGGUUGUAUGGGAAAGUUUUUGUUGAGCUUGGAUGGAAACCCGAGAAUUGUAAAUAUUAUAAUAACUGGAAAAGUAAAAACACUUAA